UGCCCGAGCCGGCCGACGCGGAGGCGAUGCGAGCAGAAAUGCCAGGGCAUUUUGAGUUCGGCACAAUGGACACGCAAGUCCUCGAUGACCUCGAUGUAACGCUCCAAAAGCGGUUCCUGCCGAUACUGCAGUAUCGGGACACCGAGGCGGACGGACAGGAGCGGGCGGCGGCGGGCGCCGGCGGCGACGCCAGCUCCUCCCGGCCGACCACCGCUCAGCCGGUCAACCGACGCACCUCCAUCCGGCUCCAGCUGCGCGACGAGUUCCUCAUCAACUUGCAGAAGCUGAUCGCAGGCACCGCCAGGACCCGCGAGCAACUCAGCACGCGCUUCUUCCUGGACCUGCCCGAGCUGCCACUGCUGGAAGCGUGCGCCAGCGGCGACGGCGAGCUGGUCGAGCUGGCCGACAACCAGCAGCUGGUGGCUAUGGUGGAGGAGACGCUGGCCACCUGGCAGCAGGACAUGGCCAGAAACCUGGACGGCAUGAUCAACAAGAAGCCGACCGCCAACGGCUGCAUGGCGGAGCUGGAUCUGUGGCGCGAGAAGCACUCGGAGCUCUCCUCCCUGGUGGAGCAGUUCAAACUGCCGACAGUGGUGAAGAUGGUGCAGCUGCUGGAGCUGGUGGACUCGAGCGUCAUCCAGGGCUUCCACAUGCAGGUGGAAGACGUGCAGCGCUGCCACCGCGAGGCUUACGACAACGUCCGCUUCCUGGCGACACUGGAGCGUCACUUCAAGACGGUGCGCAGCCACCCGUCGCUGGUGGUCGUGGCGGACACGCUGCCCCAGGUGAUGGACAGCCUGCGCAUGGUGUGGAUCCUCUCGCGCCACUACAACCGCGACCACAGGAUGGCGCCGCUCAUGGAGCGUCUCGCCUGGGAGCUGUCCACCCGGGUCCGCAACUCCAUCUCCAUCAAGACGCUCUUCAAGCAGCCGCCGCGGGAGGUGCAGGACACGGCGUCGGCGGCCGUGCGCCUGCUGACCCGGUGGCGCGAGUCUUACCUGGCCACGCGAUCCGAGAUCGAGACGUCCGGCCGCGGCGCCCGCUGGGAGUUCGACCGCAGGCGGCUGUUCGACGACACGGACCACAUGGCCGCCAUCUGCAACAAUCUCCAUCAAGUGGCGGUGGUGCUGGAGGAGUUCAACAACAUCUUGUGCCCGGACCUGAGGGCGGUCACUUCUGACCCGCACCGCAUGGAUGACGUCAAGCAGCGCGUCAAGAACCUGGUGGUGCCGUUCGAGGCGGUGGCGUUCGACAUAUUCAGCAUCAGACUGCACCACAUGUGGCAGGGUGUGAUGGACAGGUUCGGCACAGAAGUGCUCCGAAUCGAAUCAGAGGCCAAGAAGUUCCUCGACGAGAGCUUCAGAGCGCUCAGGUCAGCGGAGUCGGCGUUCGACGUCGUGCGCAAGUUCGAGCACGUCAAGUCUCGCCAGUCGAUCAACAACGAGCUGCGACGCAAGUACAGCGACAUCCUGAACCAGUACAAGCGAGAGGUCGAUGACGUGGCGAAGAUGUUUAACGAGUGCAAGGACGCUCCUCCACUGCACAAGAACCAUCCGUCCGUGUCGGGGGCCAUCCACUGGGAGCGCCUGCUCUUCCACAAGAUCAAACGCACCAUUGUCAAGUUCUUGAAGUGCGACGCCAUGAUGAACACCGAGAUGGGACAGAAGGCCAAGGCCCACUACCUGACGGUGGGGCGCCAGAUGAAGGCGUACGAGGACCAGCUGUACGCCAGCUGGCGGGAGCGUACGAUGCGCAGCAAUAAGCGGGUCUGUCCGUUCACCGUGAACGUGCCGUACCAACUGCUGGAGAUCAUCUCUGACUCCAAGCACCUGGAGACGCUCGGCUUCCACCUGCCGGAGCUGGCACGUAACGUAGCCCUGCAGGAGGACCGCUAUCGCAAGCACAGCAUCAACCUCAGCGCCAUGAUAGACCGCUACAACAAAGUGCUGGCGCAGAUGACCGAGCCAGAGAUGGAGCUGCUGAAGGAGGAUGUGAAGAGCGUGGAGCGCGUGCUGCGGCCGGCCACCAAGCGAAUCAACUGGAGCGCACUCAGCGUCGGCGACUUCUGCAACAAGUGCAACGGCGCCAUCGGCGUCUUCGAGUCGCUCGUCCAUCAAGUUCAAAAGAAUGCCAGAGAUAUGGAACGCCAGAUAUCCAGUCUGAGCACUAUAGACCUGUUUGCCGUCCCGCACUCUGACGAGCUGGUCCACUGCAAGGAGUACUUCAGCGGCGUGGAGGGGCGGCGAGCCCACGAGAUGGAGAGGCUGACCAGGAAGUACCAGAGCAUCGGUCCGCAGCUGGUCAAGGUCGAGGGCCUGGUGGUGCACACCAACACCGGCCGUAACCCUCGGCUCUACAAGUACUACACGCACUGGGAGAAACAGUGCUUCACGGCCUGCACCGAUCUAAUACUGUGGAACCUGCGCGAGUUUCUAUCGCGUCUGAACGGCUCGAAGUCGCUGUUCUCGGUUAGCAUGCUUCUGGCUACCCCGGACGUGGUGGUCAGCCCGCUGGCCAACGACAUCUACAAGAUGAUCAUGAACAGCGUUCGCGACUGUAUCGAGUGCUCCAAACACUUCGUGCGUUGGCAGCGAGGCUCUUGCCUGGAGUGCCCCUCUAUUAAGAUGGGAGACAACUCAAACGACACCUUCGUGUACAGCUUCUUCCAAGACAUCAGCUGUGACCCGCGGGUCAUCGAUGUGGUGCUGGAGAUACAGAACACCGUUCAAAACCUGCUCUCCCGAGUGCAGAAGAGCAUUCAGCUAUGGCGCCGGUACCGCAACCUGUGGAAGUAUGAAAAGCAGCCUACCUGCGAGAAGUUCGUGGCGCGCCAGCCUUCACUUGUAGCGUGGGACGACAAGUUCCUCUUCUACAAACGCAUCAUGGAGGACGUCAACACGACGUCUUUGCAGGUCGACGCUCAGAGCAUCAAACUGCGUGUAGACGACCUGGCGGCGGCUGUGAAGGGCCAUGUCCAGGGCUGGAUCGACACGCUAGGAGCGCUCCUCAACGGCAUCGCCAAGCAGAAGCUAGACGAUCUCUGCGAACUGUUUGAGGACAAGCACUACGACCUGAGCCGACGGCCGGCCACCCAGGACGACAUCAAGUUUCUGCUGGCCACCAUCUCGGACGUUCAGGAGAUGUCGCUGGACGUGGAGCUGAAGAUGGUGGAGAUCCGAGAGCAGUACCGCAUGCUGAGUGUGCACGGCAUCGAGGUACCUGAAACACAAAAAGAGACCAACGCCAGCAUCGGGAGACUGUGGGAGGAGCUGCUUCUCCGAGCGAAGGUCACCAACGCCCGUCUGGGACCUGUGAAGCAGAGGUUUACGGCGAUCACGCAAGACGAGGUGGCUGAGUUCCACGGCGAGAUUGCCAAGUUCUGUGAGCGCUACUACCAGGAAGGCCCAGGCACCGUGGGCGACCAGUUCGACCUGGGAGAGCACAAGAUGAAGAGUUACGAGGAUGAGCUGGCUUCGCUCCUGGAGCGGCAGCAGGAGCUAGUCAACUCGGAACGGCUGUUCGAUCUGGACAUCACCGCUUACCCCGAGCUGACCACGAUGCAGAAGGACAUGGCCGGCCUCCGGCUCAUCUACGAUAUAUACGUGGCGCAAAAGGAGGCGCGUGAAAAGCUGGCCCAGACCCUGUGGGCAAACCUCAACUCCCAGGCUUUGACGGACGACAUCGAGGUGUACAUCAGGCAGUUCAAGAAGCUGCCGCGGGACGUCCGGCAGCUGGACAUCGGCAAGCACCUGGAGGAGAACAUGAAGCAGUUCAAAGCGUCCGUACCGCUCUUUGUGGACCUGAAAAACGAGGCCAUCAGGGAGAGACACUGGCGCGAGCUGAUGAAGAAAACAGGCAAAGAAUUCGAAAUGGACCCGGAGACGUUUACCCUGGCCAAUCUGUUCGCCAUGGAACUGAGUAACUACAGUGACGUCAUCGCUGAAAUAGUGGGCGGCGCCAUCAAGGAACUGGGCAUCGAGAAAGGAGUCAAAGACAUCGCAGAUCUGUGGGACGGCAUGCGGUUCGCGGUGCUGCCCUACACGAAGGACGGCGAGGAGCGUGGCUUUGUGCUGACCGCCGUGGACGAAGUGCUGCUGGCGCUGGACGACAGCACCAUGAACCUGCAGAGCAUGAGCGGCUCCAGAUUCGUGGGGCCGUUCCUGCCUCAGAUACAGUCGUGGGAGAAGACACUGUCGGUGAUUGCCGAGGUGCUGGAGAUAUGGCUGGUUGUGCAGCGCAAAUGGAUCUACCUUGAGGCCAUCUACCUGUCCCCCGAUAUCAGGUCUCAGUUGCCGGAAGAGGCGCGCAAGUUCGACGCCAUCAACAGCAUGUACAAGAAGAUAAUGAACGAAACGCAUCGUGUGCCGAUGAUAAAGGCGGCGUGCGUGGCUCCUAACCGCCUGCUAGACCUGGAGACGGUCUCCCUGGGCCUGGAGAAGUGCCAGAAGUCGCUCUCCGACUACCUGGACGCCAAGCGGAACGCCUUCCCGCGCUUCUUCUUCAUCUCGGACGACGAGCUGCUCUCCAUCCUGGGCAACAGUGAUCCGCAGUGCAUUCAGGAACACAUAAUCAAGAUGUUUGACAACAUCUUAUCUCUACGGAUGGUGCGCAACGCCGACGAUGACCUGGUCGCAUCCGCAAUGCAUUCCGCAGAGCAGGAAAUCAUGGAGUUCAGGGAAGCUCAGGUGGUUGACGGCAGAGUGGAGGACUGGAUGAACAGCGUGCUGGCGGAGAUGUGGAGGACCAACAGGUUCCUCACCAAGAAGGCCAUCUACGAGUACGCCAAGACAACAAAACCGAGAGCUCAGUGGAUGCUGGACUACCAGGGCAUGAUCUGCCUGGCGGCUAACCAAGUAUGGUGGACGGCAGAGGUGGAGGAAGUGUUCCGACUCGUGAAGAAGGGAAACAAGCGCGCGAUGAAGGAGUACCUGGCCACGCUGAACCAGCAGUUGGACGAGCUGGUGCUGAUCGUGCGCACUGAACUCACCCCUAACGAUCGCAAGAAGAUCAACACCGUGCUUAUCAUAGACGUGCACGCCAGGGACAUCAUAGAGGCCUUUGUGAGAGACAGCAUCCUGGACCAGACGGAGUUUGAGUGGGAGAGCCAGCUGCGCUUCUACUGGAUGCGGGAGCCCGACAGCCUCAUUGUCCAUCAGUGUACCGGUCAGUUCAACUACGGCUACGAGUACAUGGGCCUGAACGGGCGGCUGGUGAUCACACCGCUGACGGACCGCAUCUACCUGACCAUCACGCAGGCCCUCUCCAUGAACCUGGGCGGCGCGCCGGCAGGCCCGGCCGGCACAGGCAAGACGGAGACGACCAAGGAUCUGGCCAAGGCGCUAGGUCUGCUCUGCGUGGUCACCAAUUGCGGAGAGGGCAUGGACUAUAAAGCCGUCGGGAAGAUCUUCUCCGGCCUGUGCCAGAGCGGAGCCUGGGGCUGCUUCGACGAGUUCAACCGCAUCGAGAUCUCCGUCAUCUCCGUCAUAUCGACCCAGCUGCAGACCAUCCGUAACGCUCUGGUCAAGAAGCUGGCCAAGUUUCACUUUGAGGGCCAGGAGAUCGUGAUGGACCCGAAGGUGGGCAUGUUCAUCACGAUGAACCCCGGGUACGCCGGCCGCACGGAGCUCCCCGAGUCGGUGAAGGCGCUCUUCCGGCCGGUGGUGUGCAUCGUGCCCGACCUGCAGAUGAUCUGCCUCAUCAUGCUGUUCUCGGAGGGAUUCCUGCAGGCCAAGACCCUGGCUAAGAAAAUGACGGUGCUGUAUAAGUUGUCUAAGGAGCAACUUUCCAAGCAGCACCACUACGACUUUGGUCUGCGAAACAUCAAGGCGGUGCUGGUGCGGGCCGGAGAACUGAAGCGAAUCACCCAGGACAUGCCGGAGGACAUGAUACUGAUGAAAUCUCUCAAAGACAUGAAUUUCGCCCGGUUUACGUACGAGGACGCGCCGCUGUUCCUGGGCCUGCUGAACGACCUGUUCCCGGGCGUCGAGUGUCCCCAGGAGACGGACGAGAAGCUGAGUGCGGCCGUCGACCAGGCCAUCGUCGACAAAAACUACACCAACCUGCCCAAACAGACAGAGAAGGUGAUCCAGAUGUACGAGAUCAUGAAGACCCGCCACACCACCAUGGUGAUCGGCCCGACCGGCGGCGGCAAGUCCGUCAUCAUCAAGACCCUGCGCGACGCCCAGACUAUCAUGGGCUUCCCGACCAAGAUCUACACCCUUAACGCCAAGGCCUGCUCCGUGCUCGAGCUGUACGGUGUGCUGGACCCGAUCACGCGGGACUGGACCGACGGGCUGCUCUCGAACAUCUUCAGGGAGAUCAACAAACCCACCGAGAAGCCAGAGUUUCGCUAUGUGCUAUUUGACGGUGACGUGGACGCGCUCUGGGUGGAGAACAUGAACUCGGUGAUGGACGACAACAAGCUGCUGACGCUGGCCAACGGCGAGCGGAUCCGUCUGCAGAAACACUGCGCGCUGCUCUUCGAGGUCGGAGACCUGCAGUACGCCUCGCCGGCCACCGUCUCUCGCUGCGGCAUGGUGUAUGUGGACCCGAAGGACCUUGGCUACAGGCCCUUCUGGGACCGCUGGACCGCCAGUGAGCAGUGCUGUGACCCUCGCAACGAGCUGAACACGCUCUUCGAGAAAUACGUGCCCGCCGGGCUGGACCUGAUUCUGGAGGGUCUGAUCGAGGGGCGGCAGGAGGCCAAGCUCCACACUAUAGUGCCGCUUACAAACCUCAAUAUGGUGGUGCAGCUGGCGAGCAUGAUCGACGCGCUGGUUGGCGCCGGCGAGCCGUGUCCCGAGGACCAGCUGGAGCCGGUGUUCCUGCAAGCGCUGUACUGGUCGCUGGGCGCCGGCCUGGAGGACGCCGACCGCGUCCGCUUCAACGACCUGAUCCGGGACUGCGCCAACAUGCCCGGCCUGGCCGACGAGGGCCCGCGCCGGGCCAAAGCAGACGAAUGGCCAACAACAGAAGAAACGUUGUUUGACUACUUCUGGGACAUUGAAAACGGCGUGUGGGUGCCGUGGAGGGACAAAGUGCCCGAGUACAUACACGACCCCGCCGUCAAGUUCAAUGAUAUCCUGGUUCCGACCGUGGACACCGUGCGCAGCACGUGGCUCCUACAUCUGAUGACAGAGAAGAUCAGGAAGCCGGUCGUGCUGGUGGGGGAGUCAGGCACCAGCAAGACGGCCACCACCUCCACCUACCUGCGUGGGCUCGACUCGGCAAUCCAUGUGCUGCUGUGCAUGAACUUCUCGUCGCGCACAACCUCGAUGGACGUCCAGCGCAAUCUGGAAAGCAACGUGGAGAAGCGGACGAAGGACUCGUUCGGUCCGCCGCCCGGCAAGCGGCUUAUCGUCUUCAUUGACGACAUGAACAUGCCCAGGGUGGAUGAAUACGGAACGCAGCAAGCAAUAGCCCUGCUCAAGCUGCUGCUGGAGAAGGGUGGACUGUUUGACCGUGGCAAGGAUCUCAACUGGAAGCUCCUGAAGGAUAUCGGCUACGUGGCGGCCAUGGGCAAAGCCGGCGGCGGCCGGAACGUCAUGGACCCGCGCUUCCUGUCGCUGUUCUCCGUGUUCACCAUGGCCUCGCCGGGCGACGAGUCGCUGCGGCACAUCUUCAACAGCAUUCUCGCUGGUCAUCUGCAGCCGUUCGAUUCGGCCAUCUCUGAGCUGGCCACGCCGCUCACGAAAGCGACCAUGCAGCUGUAUCAGGCCAUCGUGCGGUUGCUGCCUCCGACGCCGUCGCGCUUCCACUACCUGUUCAACCUGCGAGACCUGUCGCGCAUCUUCGGCGGCCUCUGCCAAACCAACCCUGAGCGCUUCACCAAAAGCAAGCAGAUGGUGCGCUGCUGGAGGAACGAAUGCCUGCGCGUGUUUGCCGACCGCCUGAUCGACGACAAGGACUACGCGGUGGUGUCUGGCCAGCUGGCACAGCUGCUGGCCGAGAACGUGGGCGAGCGGAGCGAGGAGUGGACUGACUACGUUCUGCGCGACCCCAUCCUGUUCGGCGACUACCGCAACGCGCUCGAGGAGGACGUGCCGCGACUGUAUGAGGACAUGCAGGACUACGACGCCUCUAAGGCCCUCUUCCAGGAGAUCAUGGAGGAGUACAAUGAGAGCGGUAACAACAAGCUACAGCUGGUGCUGUUUGACGACGCGCUGCAGCACCUGACGCGUAUUCAGCGCGUGCUGCGCAUGGUGCAGGGCCACGCCCUGCUGGUGGGCGUCGGCGGCAGCGGCAAGCAGAGUCUCACCCGGCUGGCCGCCUUCACCGCCGGAUGUGAGGUGUUCGAGAUACAACUGAGCCGCGGUUAUGGCGAGUCGUCGUUCCGCGACGAUCUGAAGGUGCUGUACGACAAGCUGGGCCUGCAGAACAAGCAGGUGGUGUUCCUCUUCUGCGACAACCAUGUCGCUGAGGAGGGCUUCCUGGAGCUGGUCAACAACAUGCUGACCUCGGGUAUGGUCCCAGCCCUGUUUGGAGAAGACGAAAAGGAUCAGAUUCUGGGAGCUGUGAGAGACGAAGCUGUUAAAGCAGGAUACGCCAUACAAAAGGAGAGCGUGUGGCAGUUCUUCGUGAAUCGGUGCGUGCAGAACCUCCACGUGGUGCUGUGCAUGUCGCCGACCGGCCAGCAGCUGCAGAUCCGCUGUCGCAACUUCCCCGGUCUGGUCAACAACACCACCAUCGACUGGUUCCAGCCGUGGCCGGAGCAGGCGCUGUUCGCCGUGGCCAGCGUCUUCCUGGCGGAGGCGGCACGUGUUCCGGACGAGUUUCGAGCCUCGAUCGUGGCGCACGUGGUGCAAGUGCACACGUCGGUUCAGCUGGCCAGCGUGCAGUACCAGCAGAAGCUGCGCCGCGUCAACCACUGCACGCCCAAACACUACCUGGACUACAUCAAGACGUACCUGAGGCUGCUGCAGGAGAGCAACGAGGACAACCUGGCGCAGUGUGAACGCUUAGGCGGUGGCCUGCAGAAAAUAGCAGAAGCGCGUGAACAAAUUCACGAACUCAAUGCGAAACUCGAAGUACAAAAAGUCGCCGUACUGGAGAAAUCCGCCGCCUGCGAGAAGCUCAUCCAGGAGAUCGCUUUGGGCACGGAGGAGGCGUCACAGAAGAAGGAGUUCGCCAUUUCUAAGAGUAAGGAGAUCGAAACGAGUAGUAAGGUGAUCGCCCGGGAGAAGCGGGAGGCGGAGGAGGUGCUGUCGGAUGCGCUGCCUGUGCUGGAGGCAGCCCGACUGGCGCUGGAGGACCUGGAGAAGGCCGACAUCACCGAAAUCAGGUCGUUCGCCACGCCGCCCAAACCGGUGCAGGCCGUGUGUGAGUGUGUGGUGGUGAUCCGGGGCAUCAAAGACGUGUCGUGGAAGGGCGCCAAGGGCAUGAUGUCGGACCCUUCCUUCCUGAGAACGCUGCAGGAGAUGGACGUCGACUCCAUCCCACAGUCUGCCAUCAAGACCGUCAAGGGCUUCCUCAAGGAGUUGCGAAUGAGUGAGGACGAGAUGAGAGCGGUGUCCCGCGCUGGAGCCGGUCUCCUCAAGUUUGUCAAUGCUGUGAUGAGCUACUGUGACGUGCUGAAGGAGGUGCGGCCGAAGAGGGAGAAGGUGGCUCAGCUGGAAAAAGAUUUCUACGCGGCGAAGAAAGAAUUGGACGCCACCAAUGCUGAAGUGGAGCGAAUCGAGCAGCUAAUGGCCGAGCUCAAUGCCAAGUUUGAGACGGCCAAAGAGGAGCGUGCCAUUCUCCAGGCGGAGACUGAGCUGAUGAUGAAGCGUUUGGACGCGGCCGACCGACUCAUCAACGGUCUGGCGUCCGAGAACGAGAGGUGGACGCAGACACUAAAGGAGCUGGGUGAGCAGCGGAUCCAGCUGAUGGGCGACUGCCUGCUGUGCUCGGCCUUCCUCUGCUACGUGGGCGCCUUCACCUGGGACUACCGCAACCAGCUGGUGUACACCGACUGGCAGGCGGACCUGCUGGAGCGCAGCGUGCCCAUGUCGCAGCCCUUCCUGCUCGAGCGAGUGCUCACUGACGACGUCGAGAUCUCAAAAUGGAACUCGGAAGGACUUCCUCCCGACGAACUCUCCGUACAGAACGGCAUCUUGACCACCCAGGGCUCCCGCUUCCCGCUGUGCAUCGAUCCGCAGCAGCAGGCCCUCAACUGGAUAAAAAAGAAGGAGCAGAACAACAAUCUGAAGGUGGUGACGUUCAGUGACAGCGACUUCCUGCGCCAGCUGGAGGUGGCGAUCAAGUAUGGCUUCCCCGUGCUCGUCCAGGACGUGGAGGAAUACAUCGAUCCGGUCAUCGAUAACGUGCUAGAACGCAAUAUCAAAACCGAGCAGGGGCGCGUGUUCGUGAUGCUCGGGGACCGGGAGGUGGACUACGAUCAGAACUUCCGCCUCUAUCUCGACUCCAAGAUGACGAAUCCCACGUACUCUCCGGCGGUGUUCGGAAAAGCCAUGGUCAUCAACUAUACUGUGACCACCAAGGGUCUGGAGGAUCAGCUGCUGAGUGUGGUGGUGGGCUCGGAGAGGCGCGACCUGGAGGAGCAGCGAGAGAAUCUCAUCUCAGAGACCAGUCAGAACAAACGCCUGCUCAAGGACCUUGAGGACGCGUUGCUUCGAGAGCUCUCCACCUGCCAGGGCAACAUGCUGGACAACACCGAGCUGCUGCAGACCCUGGAGGACACCAAGAGCAAGGCCACGGAGGUGUUCGAGAAGCUGGAGCUGGCGGCCAGCACGGCGCUCGACAUCGACCGCCUGCGCGACGGCUUCCGGCCGGUGGCCCGGCGCGGCGCGCUGCUCUUCUUCGUGCUUUCCGACAUGGCCACUGUCAACUCCAUGUACCAGUACUCGCUGGCCGCCUACCUGCAGGUCUUCUCCUAUUCAUUGAAGAAGAGCAUGCCCGACACGGUGCUUGCAAAGCGGCUGAAAAACAUUAUAGACACCCUGACGGAGAACGUUUACGACUACGGCUGCACGGGUAUUUUCGAGCGACACAAGCUGCUGUUCUCGCUGCAGAUCACCGUCACACUGCAGCGCAGCGAGCAGCUGGUGGUGCAGCCCGAGGUCGACUUCUUCAUCAAAGGGAAUGUAUCCGUCGAGAAGACAUCACUGGCGAAGCCUUGUGACUGGAUACCAGAUAAGGGCUGGGAGGACAUCUGCCGACUGACACAGGAUUUCUCAGACCUGUUCGGGAAUCUUCCCAGGGACCUGAAGAAGCGCGCAGAAGACUGGCACAAGUGGUACAGCAGCGACCGUCCGGAGGCGGAGCCGCUGCCGGGCGUGUACGAGCGCCAGUGCAGCCCGUUCCAGCGGCUCAUGCUGCUGCGCUCGUUCCGCGUGGACCGCGUCUACCUGGGCGUCACCGACUACGUCACCGAGAUCAUGGGGGAGAAUUACGUCACGCCGCCAGUGCUCAGGUUCGAGGCGAUCCUGGAGCAGUCCGCGCCCACCACGCCCGUGGUGUUCAUCCUGUCGCCGGGAGCAGACCCGGCCGGCGACCUCAUCAAGCUGGCCGACAGGAACGGCUUCGGCUCCAGCCGGAUCAAGUUCCUCUCGCUCGGCCAGGGGCAGGAGGAGACGGCGACCCACCUGAUGGAGGCGGCCGUGGCGCGCGGCCACUGGCUGAUGCUACAGAACUGCCACCUGCUGGUCAGCUUCCUCCGACAGCUGGAGAAGGAGGUGGAGCAGCUGCACAAGCCGCACCCGGACUUCAGGCUCUGGUUGACAACCGACCCCACACCGGGCUUCCCCAUCGGCAUACUGCAGCGCUCCUUCAAAGUGGUGACGGAGCCGCCGAACGGCCUGAAGCUGAACCUGCGCAGCACAUACUUCAAGAUGCCGAGCGCCGUGCUGGACACCAGCUCGGAGCACCCGGCCUUCCCCACGCUGGUCUACGUGCUCUCGUUCUUCCACGCUGUCAUACUGGAGCGGCGCAAAUAUGGCCGUGUUGGCUUGAACGUGGCCUACGACUUCAACGAGUCCGACUUUAACGUGUGCCUGGACCUGCUGACCACGUACCUGAACAAGGCGCUGGAGGCGCAGGACGUGCGGCUGCCCUGGGGCAGUCUCAAAUACCUGAUGGGGGAGGUCAUGUAUGGUGGUCGAGUCAUUGACGACUUUGACCGUCGUGUGGUGGCUACAUACAUGGAGGAGUACAUGGGGGAUUUCAUCUUUGACAAGUUCCAGCCCUUCCACUUUUAUAAAGACACCGAGGUGGAUUACGCGGUCCCGGAGGUUGGCAACCGGGACAGCUACAUCACCAGCAUCGAGGAGCUGCCGCUGGCCAGCGGACCCGAGGUGCUGGGCCUCCAUCCCAACGCUGAGAUCGGCUACUACACAUUCUCCGUGCGCGACAUGUGGCUGCACUUGGUGGAGCUGCAGCCGCGAACAGGCAGCAGCGAGUCGGGCGUGAGCCCCGAGGCGUUCGUGGAGAAGCUGGCCUCGGACAUCCUAUCGAGGAUGCCGGCGGCCACCGACCUGCGCCGCCUGCGACGACAGUACGCCGCCAGCAUGACGCCCACCACGGUGGUGCUGCUGCAGGAGCUCGAGCGCUUCAAUUACCUCAUCAAGAAGAUGCUGCAGACGCUCUCCUCGCUGGGAAAGGCACUGGCCGGGGAGAUCGGCAUGGACGCCGAACUGGACAACGUGUUCCGCUGCCUCUACAACGGCCAGCUGCCCGACUCGUGGCGGAAGCGAGCCCCCAUCACGUGCAAGGACCUGGGCGGCUGGAUGGAGCACUUUCAGCGCCGCGUUCAGCAGUACAGCGACUGGAUCAACUGUGGCGAGCCGCAGGUGAUCUGGCUGUCGGGCCUGGCCAUCCCCGAGUCCUACCUGACGGCGCUGGUGCAGGCCACCUGCCGCAACUUCGGCUGGCCGCUCGACCGCGCCACCCUCUUCACGGAAGUGACGCAGCACACCAACCUGGAGGAGGUGCACGAGCGGCUGACAGGAGGGUGCUACGUGGAGGGCCUGUUCCUGGAGGGGGCCGGCUGGAACGUGGAAGAGGGCCAUUUGGAGCGAGCCAAACCAGGCCAGCUGAUCCAAGAGCUGCCCAUCUUGAAGGUUGUGCCCAUCGAAGUUCAAAAGCUUAAACUUCAGGACACGUACCGCACGCCCGUCUACGUCACCUCGCAGCGGCGCAACGCGGCCGGCGUGGGCCUGACAUUCGAGGCUGACCUCUUCACCAAGGAGCACCUCUCGCACUGGAUCCUGCAGGGCGUGUGUCUGCUGCUCAACACGGACUGA